CUUCCUUCCUUCUUCCACCCCGACGACCCACCGCCGAGCAAAAGUAUCCUUUUUCAACUCCCAUUUUCUGGAUGAUUGAAGUCCUUCAUCACACAAGACACAACCCAGAACUGAAGCUCAACCUUGAAGAUGGAGGUUUUGUGUUCUUCAUCUCCAUCUCUUCACUCUCGUUGUCUUCUCCCUUACCCUCCAUCACCCCCACGUCUACCUCUUCAUUUUCAUUCCAACAGCAACUCAUUUUCUUCUUCUAAUUCUUCCUGUUUUGGGCUCUCUGUUUCGAAUUUUAGUAAUUCUUUUGGUUUGAGUCCUCUUCGCUCCUCCUUCAAAGGCUCUCGGUCUCGUGGGAAGAGGAAAAUCAUUCCCAUUUAUGCGGUUUUCGAGCGUUUCACUGAGCGAGCUAUAAAAGCUGUCGUCUUUUCUCAGAGAGAGGCCAGGUCGUUAGGGAAAGACAUGGUCUUUAACCAGCAUCUGUUGCUGGGUCUGAUCCUUGAAGAUCGGGAUCCUAAUGGGUUUCUCGGUUCCGGUAUCAAAAUUGACAAGGCUCGUGAGGUGGUCCGCAGCAUUUGGCAUGAGAAUCAUGGUGCAGGUGACAAUUCGGAUUCGGGUUCUGUCAAACGAGAAGGGUCUAUUUCUUCCUCUACAGACGUGCCUUUUUCGAUUAGCACGAAACGGGUUUUUGAAGCUGCAGUGGAGUAUUCAAGGACUAUGGGGUAUAAUUUUAUUGCACCAGAGCAUAUUACCAUUGGCUUGUUCACUGUAGAUGAUGGGAGUGCAGCUCGGGUCCUCAAGAGAUUGGGAGCGAAUGUUGAUGACUUGAUAGCAUUAGCAGUCACCAGGCUUCACGGGGAGCUUGUAAAGGAUGGAAGAGAACCAUCUGCAACAGCAAAAAAGAUACCUGAAAAAUCCCAUCCCGGAAAGGCUGGUGGUUUGAAAUCCCCUGAAAAAGCAAGAGGGAAAAGUGCCCUGGCUCAAUUUUGUGUGGAUCUAACUGCUCGUGCUAGUGAGGGACGCAUUGAUCCUGUUAUUGGUAGACUGACUGAAGUUCAAAGAGUUAUUGAGAUACUUGGACGCAAAACCAAAAAUAACCCUAUACUUCUUGGUGAAAGUGGGGUUGGUAAAACAGCCAUUGCUGAAGGAUUGGCAAUUAGUAUCGCACAGGCAGAUGCUCCUAUUUUUUUGUUGAAUAAACGAGUAAUGUCCUUGGAUAUAGGACUAUUGCUGGCUGGUGCAAAGGAGAGGGGGGAAUUAGAGGCACGGGUUACUGCACUAAUAAGUGAAACAAUUAAAUCAGGUGAUGUGAUUCUUUUCAUUGAUGAAGUCCACACGCUUAUUGGUUCUGGGACAGUUGGAAGAGGAAAUAAGGGUUCUGGUCUUGACAUUGGUAAUCUAUUAAAGCCAUCACUUGGGAGGGGUGAAUUACAGUGUAUGGCAUCAACAACCAUAGGGGAGUACAGGACCCAAUUUGAAAAGGAUAAAGCGUUGGCACGGAGAUUCCAGCCGGUGUGGAUUAAUGAACCUAGCCAGGAGGAUGCAAUUAAGAUACUUUUGGGUCUGCGUGAGAAAUAUGAGAUUCAUCACAAAUGUAGAUACACACUGGAAGCACUAAAUGCUGCUGUGCACCUGUCAGCAAGAUAUAUUCCUGAUAGGUAUCUUCCUGAUAAGGCAAUUGACCUCAUUGAUGAGGCAGGUAGUAGAGCUCGAAUGGAGGCAUUUAAGAGGAAAAUAGAAAAACAAACUUGUAUACUAUCAAACUCACCAGAUGAUUAUUGGCAAGAAAUAAGAGCUGUUCAGGCCAUGCAUGAAGUGGUCAGGGCAAGUAGGAUGAAACGUGAUGAUGUUACUUCCAAUGAAGGUGGUAGUGGUGAACUCAUUUUAGAAUCACCUUUUCCUUCCACUUCAGAUUAUGAUGAACCAACCGUAGUGGGACCUGAUGAUAUUGCAGCUGUUGCUUCAAUUUGGUCAGGCAUCCCAUUGCAGCAGCUGACUGCUGAUGAAAGAAUGACUCUGGUUGGUCUUGAUGAGCAACUUCAGAAACGGGUUGUUGGUCAAGAGGAGGCUGUUGUUGCCAUUUCUCGAGCUGUCAAGAGAUCCCGGGUUGGACUGAAGGAUCCUGACAGGCCAAUUGCUGCAAUGCUUUUUUGUGGUCCUACUGGGGUUGGAAAAACAGAACUAGCAAAAGCUUUAGCAGCAUGCUAUUUUGGGUCGGAGGAUGCGAUGCUUCGAUUGGACAUGAGUGAAUAUAUGGAGCGACAUACAGUGAGUAAAUUAAUAGGUUCACCCCCAGGUUAUGUAGGUUAUGAAGAGGGAGGGAUGCUUACAGAAGCUAUUAGAAGACGGCCUUUCACAUUGUUAUUGCUUGAUGAAAUAGAGAAAGCCCACCCAGAUGUAUUUAACAUCCUUCUCCAAUUGUUUGAAGAUGGCCACCUCACAGAUUCUCAGGGUCGAAGAGUAUCUUUCAAGAAUGCAUUAAUAGUUAUGACUUCAAAUGUGGGUUCUACUGCCAUUGCUAAGGGUAACCGUGGCUUUAUUGGUUUUUUUGUCGAAGAAGAGAAGUCAACUUCGUAUGCAGGAAUGAAGGCUUUGGUAAUGGAAGAACUGAAGGCAUAUUUUCGUCCAGAGUUGCUGAACAGGAUUGAUGAAGUGGUUGUGUUCAAGCCCCUUGAGAAGGAACAGAUUCUCGAGAUUCUGGACAUAAUGCUGCAAGAGGUGAAGAGAAGGUUAAUAUCUCUAGGAAUUGGUCUGGAAGUAACCGAGGCAAUCAAGGAUCUUAUAUGCCAGCAAGGCUAUGACCGGACUUAUGGCGCUCGGCCUCUCAGAAGGGCAGUCACCUCUUUACUUGAAGACCCCUUGAGUGAAGCACUCCUUGCUGGAGAUUACAUGCCUGGUGAGACUCUCAUUGUUGAUGUAGAUUCUUCAGGAAAGCCAUUUGUUACACGCCGAUCAGAUCAGAACGUAAACGUGUCUGAUAAAACAUCAAUCGUCUAGUUACUGGGUAUAUAAAUAAUCUCAUGAUACAAUCCUAUACGUGUAAAUGAUAUAGAAACGGUUUUUGUAGAGCAGAUUAUUGAUUCAUUCAAAGUGUAUACGAGUAAAGCGUCUAAUUAUUUGGCAAAUUGUUGUUCCCUACUCCAAUUCCCUU